GGUAGUUGGGUGAUCGGUAUCACGCUGCUUCAUUGUACACUAAAAAAACCACAUAUUACGCAUGCAUACGCGUGCAUUCGUACGUACGUACGUACGUCUCUGCGUGCGUGCGUACGAAAAAUCGGAAUUAUAUGAUAUUCAUGCAUACGUAAUGCACGUAUAAUUCAUUGCAUCGGAGUACGACUCGACUUGCCGCACAUAAUCGCGAUUUAUUCGCACGAAGACGUGUACGUUGUGAACAUCAAGUGAAAAUCGUCCGAUAAACUCUCGUGUUUACGAUAUCAAUGGAGCGUGGAAUUCAUCACGAUGUAUGUGCACGAUGAAUUGAUAUAACAAGCAGUUUUGUGGACAGCAUAAAUAGGAAAGGGGAAUAUACGGGCUCAGAAAUUAGAGCUUCUCAUUACUAUAAUACGUUUCUUAUCAAUCGGCAGUUUUUCAGUCACGCAGAUCGCGCAAAUGCACGAUUAACAGUCGUGGAGUGGAAAUUCGGGUUGCAUAGUGGUUAGAUUUUCAAGUUUCAGGAUGCAUCGCAAGUCCAAGUUCGAGGUGGAAUAUCUUUCGGAUGAACACCUCACGGGGUUCGAGAGUUAUAAAUAUAGCUCUUUGGAUACGAGUCCCCUGAGUGUAUAUGUUAUGCACCCCUUUUGGAACAAAGUGGUACAGUUUUGUCCAAAAUGGGUUGCUCCAAAUGUACUAACUUUCUCUGGAUUCCUUUUCACCGUGUUGAACUUCAUGUUGUUCGCGAGUUAUGAUUACUAUUUUUAUGCGUCCAGUGAUGACAAACCGCAGUACCCUCCCAUACCACGAUGGGUCUUUGCUGUAGCUGCUUUUAAUAUUUUUAUGGCAUAUACGCUUGAUGGAAUAGAUGGAAAGCAAGCAAGACGUACACAAACGUCUGGCCCUUUAGGUGAGCUGUUUGACCAUGGUUUGGACAGCUGGACAGCUAUGUUAAUCACCGUGUGUAUGUACUCUGUAUUUGGUAGAACUGAUCACAGUGUUUCACCGUUACGAAUGUACUUCAUACUGUGGAAUGUAUUCAUCAACUUUUACCUAAGCCACUGGGAGAAAUAUAACACAGGUGUAUUGUUUCUUCCUUGGGGAUAUGAUGCUUCCAUGCUAGCGACUGUCAUAGUAUUUACUCUUACCAGCAUAGGUGGACACGAAGCCUGGAAAUUCGAAUUGCCAGGUGGCGUGUCAGCAGGCAUAAUGUUUGAAAUGUUGUUUUAUGUCAGUGCGCUCGUAUCCAACCUGCCGGUCGUUCUUUGGAACAUAUAUAAAUCUUAUAGAGAUAAAACUGGCAAGAUGCGUACAUUCCCGGAAGCGAUAAGGCCUUUGGUGCCUCUGGCUUUGCUCUUUGCGAUUUCUACAAUCUGGAUAGUACACUCUCCGAACAAUAUUUUAGAGGAAGAUCCGAGAAUAAUAUACUUCGCCAUUGGCACUAUUUUCUCCAAUAUAUGUUGUCGAUUAAUUGUGUCACAAAUGAGCAACACCAGGUGCGAGGUGUUACCGUGGAUACUAUUGCCCGUCACAGUGGCUGCCAUCUUUUCAUUUAUUUUGCCUAAUGUAGAUUUGGAAUCUAUGUAUGUAGUCUCCGUAGUGGCUCUGCUAUCACAUAUUCACUACGGCGCUUGUGUGGUACGCCAAAUGUGCCGUCACUUCCGCAUUCAAACGUUCUCCAUAAAGGAUCAUUCCGAAUGACUACUUGCCGACGAUACGUGUUAGAAAAACGAAGAGACCGCAAGACAUACAAAAGGAUUUCUAAAGAUGGAGAGCGAGGCAAACGGGAAGAAAAGAUCUGACACACAUAAAAAUACAUAAAUUUGUUAUUAUAGUUAACUAUCAGGGGUAUUAAGUACCAUGACAAGACAUAUUUAUGGAUCGAGCGAUUUCUAGAACAAAUACAGUUUACUAAGAUAUGUGAUAGAUGUGCUGUUCGUAAAUAGAAAAGGGAAGAGGAAGAGAGAGAAGGAGAGAUUCGACGGUAUUACUUUGUUUGCAUGUCACUUAUCACUAUAUAUUAUUAUAUAUGUGAUAAAGGGGAUUUAUGAUUCAAAAGUUUUCUCAUCUUUCGCGAUCAUGAGGUAAUUGAGUUGUUUAAUUAACUGUAUACAAAAAAACAUAAAGUUGUCUAGCAUUAUUAUAAAUACUAUCGUGAAAUUUUGAUAUAACCUAGUACUCAAAUAAUACUCAAAUAUUUAUCGAGUAGAACUGUUAUCAAUCUAUGAGCGUUAUAACAAAGCGCGUAAACGUCUAUUUUUUAACUAUGAAGUCUAACAAAUGUGAGAUCGAGGUCGGCCGGUUUUUAUAUCUUAUAUAUCUUUUGAUAGGAAUAAUUAUAAAACAAACCAAACAUAUGUUAUAUAAUUCGAUUCUCGACUUCCUCUUACGAUAAUUUAUGUUACUUUAUGACUUGCCUCAUGAAGUGUUAUAUCAUAAUGAACAAAACUACCUGAGUCAGCUUAAUUAUCUUUACUGUGAUAUGUCUAGUAUUUUUCCGUAUCAUUGAUUUUAUCUUCCCUUCUCUUUCUCUCUCCCUCACUCUGUUCGUUUUGGAUUCAUUAUUUUUUUUGUAUUUUAAUGCUGCAGGUAUCUUGGAAAAAAUAUUUACAGUGUUAAAGAAUUUAAUUUUUCUACCUAAAUGGAUUUGAUAUGAACACUUUGUAUGAAAACAAGUGAUGAAAUGUCUUAGUUACUGCAAGUUGCUGCUCAAAACAAUCAAGAAAGUCGCAUAAUUCAUCAAAAUUACUUGAAUGAAAUUCCGGAAGAAAGAAAGCACGAAAAUCUCACGUUUAUAUAAACGUGUUCUAAGAAAAAUGUUUGAAAUAUUAAAUAUUUAUAUUGAAUGACUCAAACAUUCUAAAAAGUGAUGAUAUAAAGUAAUUACAUAAUUAUUUUUAAUAAUUUUGUAAUUUUGCUCUUGAGAUAUAUAUAUAUAUAUA